AUGUGGUCCAAGGCGUCCUUCAAUAGAACUCAGCGGCCAUCGAUUGGCAACCCCACCUUGGUGGACAAGACAUGGGACGACAGCAAGUAUCCCUCACUGUCUGGAGGUCCGCAAGCCCAGAAUCUCACCAAAGACUUGCCUGCGCUGCCCAAUGAGGCUGAUCCGUCAUUGCAACCCCAACCCGAAGGAAACGUCAACAAGCGAUAUUCAGACGUCUCGCCCGUGGAAUCGCCUGUGCUUGGGCAUGAGGCGCGCGACAGCGAAAGCAGUUUCUGUGUCUCGCCCAUUCAUGAGUCCGAGGAAUGGUCCCACCCGCGAGAUGACUCCCGACCCUCACCACCACCGACCCCGGUUCCCCCAGAGCCGGCCGAUCCUCCUCCGUCGCAAGAAGAGCCUCCCCUACCGCCGCCGCCUCCGCGCCCUGUGAAGCAGCUCCGCUUUUCUCCCACCCCCGAACAACCGACACGCUGGGAUGACUUUUCGGGCGAGCCAACCACGAAGAACACUGGCAAGGCAGGCCAGGUGACGCCGCGAGAUACCACUUUCCACAAGGCACCCAGCUCACAUGCCUCCAACCUGUUCAAUUGGGGCCGAGAGCAACUCCAACCCAAAAAGAAACUCGCCGAGGCUCGAAGCCGAAUCACCAGUUUCUCUAAGAACGAAGCCCCAGCUCCCAAGGAACCUCGAAGCAGAUCAUCGUCCCGUGUACGUCCGCUGAAUGAGCAUCUCGGUAAUGCUCAGGCCAAUACAGAAGAUGCUACAGCACAAAUAACCCAAAUCAACAACCUUGGUUUUGUCCCGACAGUGGUGACGAGCAUCUCGGCCGGCGAUUCCAAGCCACUGCCUGCGAGACCAACAACAGAGGAUUCGCCCAUCCCCCGAGAUCAAACAGACCCUAAUUUCGACACUGCCAUAGCCAACAUGAUGGUCCCCAACGAGCCCGUGAGUCGGUUUAGUACUACGACCUACACUGCUACGGACGCCGGCAGUCAGAACAACAGUCGGCGAACAAGUGUCAACCUGAAAAGACAGUCUACCGAAGACCUCAACUCCGUCAUAGCCCGGCGACGCCCGAUCCCUAAUUUGAUGCCCACCUCGAAAAAGCCUGUGCGGAAACCCACUCCGACCCAGGCGGUGCAGGGACCUGCACCGCCCCCUCAGCCUCCUGCCAACGACCCCCGCCGAACACACACGGGCGCAUUGCGAGACGAGCUUACGCGGCGCAGAUACAAUCUAGAGACGGUUAUCCAUGAGCUGACGCAGGUCAUCCAGCCCAGCUCCAUUGCUUAUGACCUGGCCGCCAAGGCCGAAGUCAAGAAGACCGUCAAUAGCAUUGAGAACGAGCUCGCGGAGAUCAAGAGAGAGGAGCAUGAGCUUGGGUUGAAAAUCACCCGCGCAUGGCGGCGACUGGAUGAGAAGGAGAAUAACGGUGAUGGCAGUGGCCUGUGGGUCAAACGUGUCACUAGUUGA